CUGAUAUCCGAAAUCAUUUCAUUUUUUUUUCUGUAUGGUAUAUAAUGUAAGCUUCAGCAUUUGUUCAAUUCAAUAGCAGUUUGUUCAAAACAGGAACAUGAAACAUUCUCUCGUUUUUGGUGGCUUCUGGGCUUUCUUCAUUCUUCUUAGUGGUUCCUUGGUUGCUUCAUAUGAUGGGCCUUUAUAUGAUUUUACUGCUUACACAGAGUGUAAAGCACAGCCAGAGGAGCCACUGUACCAAGGAGGGAUUCUGAAAGAUGAGCCGCCCAUUAUGAGACCUGCCAUUUUUGGCAAAACUGCAACUGGUUUUUACACUCCAGCUUUUCUCUUGAAGAAUCUCACCGUGGGCAAUUUUUACUGUUUCUCCACUUGGAUCAAAAUACAAGGUGCAAAUUCAGCUCUCAUUAGGGCAAGCUUGAAGACAGAAAACAGAACAUAUAAUUGUAUAGGGACUGUUUUGGCUAAGAAUGGUUGCUGGUCAUUUCUCAAAGGUGGAUUUGUUCUUGAUUCACCUUCAAAUUUAGCUUUACUGCUAUUCCAGAACUCAGAUGAUAAAGACAUUGAUAUAACAAUUGAUAGUUCCUCGUUACAGUCAUUUACUGAUCAAGAAUGGAGGUUCAACCAGCAAUUCAUGAUUAACACUCAAAGGAAGCGUGCUGUAACAAUACAUGUCUCAGAUCAACAAGGUAAUAGGUUGCAAGGAGCAGCAAUAACUAUAAACCAAGUCUCAAAGGAUUUUCCAUUUGGUUCUGCAAUAGCACACACCAUUCUUGGGAAUUUGCCCUAUCAGAACUGGUUUGUUGAACGAUUCAAUGCAGCAGUGUUUGAAAAUGAACUGAAAUGGUAUGCAACAGAACCAGAUCAAGGGAAGACCAACUACACCUUAGCUGACCAAAUGCUGGAGUUUGUUAGAGCCCACCAAAUAAUAGCCAGAGGCCACAACAUAUUCUGGGAAGACCCCAAGUACACGCCUGCAUGGGUUCGGAACCUUACAGGCCCUGACCUACAAUCAGCAGUUAAUUCCAGAAUACAGAGCUUAAUGAGCAAAUACAAAGAAGAAUUCAUACACUGGGAUGUCAGUAAUGAGAUGCUCCACUUUGAUUUUUACGAGCAACGACUUGGACCUGAUGCAACCUUGCAUUUCUACGAGACUGCACAUCAAUCGGACCCUUUAGCAACCCUGUUCACGAAUGAAUUUAAUGUUGUGGAAACCUGCAGUGAUGUUAAAUCAACAGUUGACACUUACAUUGAAAGGAUAAGAGAGCUUGAACGCGGUGGCAUGUACAUGGAUGGAAUUGGGUUGGAAAGUCAUUUUACAGUGCCAAACCUUCCUCUAAUGCGAGCCGUGAUAGACAAAUUGGCUACCCUCAGACUCCCCAUAUGGCUAACAGAGGUAGAUAUUAGCAGUUCGGUUGGUAAAGAAUUACAGGGGGUGUACCUAGAACAGGUACUAAGAGAAGGGUUUUCACACCCUUCAGUGAAUGGGAUAAUGCUGUGGACGGCUCUCCAUCCAAAAGGGUGUUACGAAAUGUGUUUAACUGAUGAGAAUUUUAAGAAUCUCCCAGCGGGUGAUGUGGUUGACAAGCUGCUGAAAGAAUGGGAAAGCGGGGAGAUGAAGGGGGUAACAGGUGAGCAUGGUUCAUACAGCUUUUAUGGAUUCUUAGGCGAAUACAAGGUCAAUGUUGGAUAUGGAGACAGGGCUGCAAAUUUUACUUUCUCACUCCCCCGUAGCGGUGAAACUAAACACUUCAGCAUUCAUUUGUAACACCCAUGAAUCUUGUAUAUGGAAAUUUUAAAUUAGAUUUUAAACAGUACUCAAGAGUACAAACACAUGUUUUGAUUUGAAGUUUAAAUACUAAAACCUAAGGUUACCUCGGGCUA